UAUAUUGUAUUUAUAAAUGGUAUACUAAGGAGGAUUAAUGCCAUAUAAAUUAUAAAUUCAUCACUUUUUGACACCUUGCUGAUGCUUAAUAGUGGGACAUUAUUUUAAAGUGCUGCUGUUUUUUUUCUUCUUUUCUGUAAACCUUUCAUUUUUACUUUUAAAUUCUAGUUUAUGUACUGGUAAUUAUUUGCAGGUACAUAUAUUUUUUGUAAUUCAAUAAACGUGACAAAACUAUACUUUUUUGGAAAUUAGACCCAUAGUGGUUGGCCUCAUUUUAAAGUGCUUCUAAGAGAGGAACGUGUCUCUGGAAUGCGCAUGUGCCAGUCCAUUAAGCCUGCCACUUCUUCCUAACUUAUACCCAAGAUGAGAUUACUCUGAGGAACUCUUGCAUUUUACCAAAAUAGGAAUAUAAUUCACGAGAGAUACCUGUCAUAUGAGAGAGGAUUGUAUGUGAUGUGUAAUCUACGUUUGAACUUAAUCGGUUUGAAGUUGAAGGCUUAACCAUCUAAGCUGACUGCUGGAACAUCCUGAAUAUUUACCGCACUGAAACUGAGCAUCUCUUACAGUCAGGGCACCUUGGCUUAAAAUUAUGUCAUUAUUUUCUCUGUCAACAAAACACUUUUUUACCAGCGUACCGCCAAGCAAGCUAGAAGUACCUUUAAAAAAAACUGCACCAACGAGGUUUACUCUCACAAAGUUAAGUGGUUGUGGAACUUGUAAAUGCCCAGUUAAGCACCCUCCCACAGUGGGGAAAAAUAAAUCGGACACCAGUGAAGUGCUUCACCCAAAAAGCGCGAUUCCUCACUGCGUCCUGCAAAGUCAAAAAAAGAAAGAAAGAAAAUGAAGCAAAGACACUAUGUGCGUAUUCUGCGCAAUCACGGCACUUCGUGCGGUGCGUCACGCGCACUUCAUAAGCGCGUAUUUAGGUAUGUUUGGUCAAUAUAUGGCAACGCUGCGUGCGGAGGAGAGGAGGCAGGAGAUGACUGCUGCCCCCCUCACUUCUCCACAAACCUCUCAGGAGAGUGGGGGGAGACGGACUGCAUGGGGAACGUACGGCUGCACAAUGAUCGCUUUUCUCUGAUAAAACGUUUGGAAGCGAACUCGAAGAAGCCCAGUGAGCCAUGCGCACAUAGACCGUUUUGGCAGUUUGUGUUAAAGCCCUUUCUUUACAGCUACAAGUGGUCUGGAGCCUGCUAUGGAGGACUUUGUGAGUCAAAAUGAGUCUGACCAUUGACAAUGUCACAGACUUGUGGAAAAAUGGUUCCUCGAAACUCGACGGGGCGUCUUCCCAGUUCAAUUUCAGUAACAGCUCUGGGGGUAACGAUACGGUGCGCAGCGAGAUGGACCUCACCCGAGCCAUCCCGCUCGGCUUGGUACUCGGGGCUUUCAUCGUGUUUGCUAUCGCGGGCAACAUCCUCGUAAUCCUCUCUGUGGUGUGCAACAGGCACCUGCGGACCCCGACCAAUUACUUCAUCAUCAACCUGGCUAUCGCGGACCUGCUGCUGGGCACCACGGUGCUGCCUGUGUCAGCCACACUGGAGAUCCUGGACUACUGGGUGUUCGGCAGGAUCUUCUGUGACAUUUGGGCGGCGGUGGAUGUGCUGUGCUGCACCGCGUCCAUCAUGAGCCUGUGCGUAAUAUCUAUUGACCGCUACAUUGGAGUGAGCCACCCGCUGCAGUACCCGGGUAUCGUGACGGAGAAGCGGGCUCUGCUGGCCAUGCUUGGGGUCUGGGCGCUGUCGGUGGUCAUCUCCAUCGGCCCUCUGCUCGGGUGGAAGCAGCCACCGUCGCCGGACGACACGAUAUGUCCCAUCACCGAGGAGCCGUUUUACGCGCUCUUCUCCUCCCUCGGCUCCUUCUACAUCCCUCUCGUCGUUAUACUGGCCAUGUACUGCCGUGUGUACAUAGUCGCCAAAAGGACCACUAAGAACCUGGAGGCAGGUGUGAUGCGGGAGAGGAUGAACUCCAGCGAGCUGACCCUCAGGAUCCACAAGGGAUCUCAGGUGCACGAGGAGCCCGGCAGCUCUGGCACGGGCAAGGGCCGCGCGCACCAGGCUAGAAGUUCGCUCACGGUGAAACUGCUGAAAUUCUCCCGGGAGAAGAAAGCAGCUAAAACUUUGGGAGUUGUGGUCGGCAUGUUUACCCUUUGCUGGCUGCCCUUCUUUCUCGCCUUACCCAUAGGGUCCUUUAAUGUGCACCUGCGGCCACCUGAAUCCCUCUUCAAAGUAAUCUUCUGGCUUGGCUACUUCAACAGCUGCCUGAACCCCAUCAUCUACCCCUGCUACAACCGCGAGUUCAAGCUGGCUUUCAUCCGGAUCCUGAAAUGCCAGUGUCACCAGCGCAAACGUCCCGGCUGGAGAGAGUAUAAUUACCGUUCCUCCACCUUUAGCUCCUCUGGAAACUCACGCAAAAACUCGACGGACCACAGCUCCGGCUGUCUGAACGGAAGCCAGCGUACUCUGCCAUCCUCAACCAGCCCGAGCCCGAGUUACCUGAGUAAGGGUCUGCCGCCUUGCCCUGAGGGGGAAGCAUUAUACAUCUGGGGAGCUACCACCCCGACACCUUCCACCCCCAACCUACUGCCCGGCAGCCCCAUCGACUGCCAGCCGACAGCUCUGAGAGGGGGGAGAACCACUGAGGAAACUACAGGAGGAGUUUUCUCUUUCUCCUUUGUGAAGAAUAAAGAUAAGGGACGGGUCAACAAAGACCUAAUUGUGCCUGUUGACAAAGUGUGACUCAUGCGUCGUACUAAGAUGGGACUUACUGGUUCAUUCCUUAUAGGGAUCACAGUAACAAACAGAGCAGGGAUGUAGGGUUUCACAGGCUUCACUGUACAUGGUCCCAUGAUCAUUCAUCAGUCAGUGGAUUAUCAUUGUCAUAAGCUGUCAAUGUAAGGUGAAGAGUACUGACUUUGCUGCUGUAUCACAGGUAUUUUGUUCCAUGUUGCUGUAACUGAGAUUGACAGUAGGGUUUCUUUCAGUAGACAGUAACAGCUCUGAGACAGUGUUUGCUGCCCUCUUUGAACUGGACACAAAUCUGUGCAUGCAUGGUUUUUUUUAUUCAGACUCUAGGAGGAAAGACUGAAAGGACCUCCAUCCAGCACAGCCUCUCCAUCACUCCCUUUCAGUUAAAACUCCACAUCCGCUCUGUACAAAGACUGAACGUGUCGAAGAACCCGAGUCGUGUAAAAAGCGUGGAAAGACAAACGAUCACUGUUCUGUUGCAGUCACUUGGUAUCUUUAUGGUAUAUUGUGGAAUAAAGUAUAACCUGUUUUAUCUGCUGUGCGCACAAUCAUCCCAUAUCAUCUUCUUUGUAUGUUUGUAGAAAUGUGAUGAAUAAAUAAAAGUAGAAUGUUGCUCGAA